AAACUUCGGCAGCUUCCACCAAGUAUGUGUGACCUGGGAUCAAUUGAAAUUCUUAUUCUCUCUAACUACUCAGGAUUGACUGAUUUGCCCUUAAAGGUUGGCUGCCUGCAAGACUUAAGAGAGCUUCAUGUUGAUGGAACUGCGAUAGAACAACUGCCAUACUCUUUUAAAUGCCUAGAAGUGCUAACGGCAACAAUGAGCAAAUUGACCCGUUUACCACACUCAAUAUAUUAUUUGGAAUCUCUUGUCACCCUUAUGUUGGACGGGACUGACAUUGAUGAAUUACCUUGUUCAGUUGGAUCACUGUCAAAAUUGAAGAGCUUAUCGUUGCAGCAGUGUACAUCAUUGAAAAGCAUUCCAACUUCAGUUGGGUAAAUGGAAUCGUUGGUUGAGCUUAACUUGACAGGUACAGCAAUCAGAGAAAUACCUGACUUCCCUUUGUAAUAAGAAAACUUGAGAAGCUGAAAAUUGGAGCCUGCAGGUUAUUAAAAAAGUUACCUGAUUCCAUUGACAAUUUGAAAAAUCUACGAGUGCUUCACAUUAAUAGAUCUGCAGUAACAAACUUACCAGAUGGAGUUGGAUCCUUGGAGCAACUGGAGGAUCUAGAUAUUUCAUCUUGCAAGAUGCUAAUACCAGCUUCAAUGAAAAAGAUGAGAUUUCUGAAAUGUUUUAACAUGUCAGGAACUGGGUUAGUUAAAUUAACACAAGAUUUUGGAAUGCUCUCAUACCUUGUGUGGUUGAAUCUGGGGAACAAUAAUUUCAGUGGCCUUCCUGAUGAUUUCGGGGGCUUAUCUUCACUCAAAGAACUUUAUUUGCAGAAUUGCACAAGCCUUCAGUCUCUCCCAAAGCUUCCCUCCAGCUUAAUUGUCUUAGAUGUUGCAAAUUGCAUUUCAUUGGAAAGGGUACCAGACAUUUUGCACCUGAAAUACCUGGAGAAGUUAUGUCUUAAUAACUGCUGGAAGCUUUCUGAGGUUGAAGGCCUCAUUGGAUUGCCAUCACUGAGACUCUUGUUCAUGCAUGGAUGUAGCACUAGUCUUGGUGAUACUCUGAGGAACAAACUUUUCCAGGAUGUGUACGGGCAUAUAGAACAUCUCACUCUUCCUGGGGGUGCAAUCCCUGACCGAUUUAAAGAUUUGAGGAUGCAUAAAUUAAAAAGAAGGGUUGGCACUUUUGAAAUGGAGGGGGCUCACCUUCCCAAUCCUGACUUUGAGAUCGUUGGACUUCUUCUCUGGGUGGAUUUUGAGUACCACCCUUUUGGAAGAAAUGACAUUGUGUGGCUUGAAAAAAUUGGCAUUCGCAGGGAAAAAAGGGACGACAAGGUUCCACAGAAGACUCUGGAAAUUAAGUGAAAAUACAGGAGCCAGAGGUUUCACGAAAGACUGGAGAAAUUGAAGUCACCCCAGGAGCACAUCAAAGGGUAUUCGCCUUUUGCCAUAUUCGAGAUGAUGAGAACCUGUCAAUGUUGGAAAAUGGAAGUGCAAUAAAUGUUAAUGUUGGAGACUAUGAUAUCUCCUCAAUGAGGUGUUGGAGCAGAUGGGGCCCCAGUGAAAGAACAUCAAGGGGACACUGGAGAGUCCAUAAGCAGGGGCUCAAUUGGACCUAUUGAACUGCUGCAUAUCCGAAAAAUGAUUUGGGAUUCAUUCCAUGGAUGCUCUAACCUUCUCAUAUGGAGAUUUAUAGUAUAUUGUCUAAGUUUCAAUAUAUUUCUUCACAUUUGGACGUUACUUGAACUGUGGCUCAUAGCAUGGCAUCAAAAGCUACUUAAUUGAGAAUAAAUUAACAGAUAAACAAUGCAAUGCACUGCACUGGUUACAUCAAAUCCUUUUGGGGAGAAAUUGUUGUACUUCUUGCUAAUUCAAUUUUAAGAUUGAUAGCUGCAGCAUCUUCACAAUUACAUUACCCUGUAUGAAAUUUUUUGAGAUAAAAUACAUUUCAUGCUGGCAUAGUAUAA